AUGCAGCGCUUCAAAUUCCUAAACCGGAAAAACGACCAGCGCGUCCAAAAGUGCUUCUACAAGUGCAGCGCGAACCACCGAAUCACGAAGAUCGUGAGGGAGGUGUAUCUGCGAAACGACAUAAGCUGCGGAGUAGAGAGAUGCAACGUGUGCGAAAAUAAAAACAAAAAAAAGUACCUGGAUGCAGAGAGGAACAUUCUCAUCUUAGAUAUAAACACCAUAGUAAAAUACAUAGACUUCCUAUACGAGUGCAAUGUAGAUAACAUAUUAAUCCCCCUGACGAUUUAUGAACAUGUGAGGACCUUUAAUAAAAUUCUUCACAAAAAGCUACACGAGCUUUGUUACGAGACGGAAGAUAGCAACCCCAGCAGUACCAAGCGGUACAGCGUCUUCGCCAACAAGUUCUGUAAAUUCACCUACGUGGAUGAGAACACAGAUCUGGCCACCAAGCAAGUUCAAGAAAUUAUAAAAAUAGUCAUCUGGAUGAAGCAACAUAAUGCCAGGCUAAAACUAAUCGUCGUAAGUAAUAAUAAUUUUUUAAAAGAUGACUGCCUGAAAAAUGAUAUAUCCUGUUUUAGCCUGUACGAAUAUGUGAAGGGGUUAAGAAAGGGGAACAAAAAGAAGGAGGCACUUGGAGCCAUCAACUUGGACACUUUAAAAAUGUAUUUUGAAGAAGACAUGCUAAUGGAGGAGCAGCAUAGCAAGGAGGGAGGGGUGGAAAACGGCCAAGCAGAUUCGAACGAGGAUACGUUCCCCAUCGCAGAGGCCAAACGAAUGUUCGAACCCCAUUUGGAGAAAAAGGAAAUGAUUCAAAGGCUUAGGGAUAACCUCAUUGUGAAGGGCAUUUUUCAAGUCAUAUGCGUUAAUAAGAUGGCCCUAGUGAAAAUCACAGACACGGAUGAAGUUCUUAUACGGGGGUCCGAACGUAUGAACAGGGCGCUACACAACGAUGUGGUGGCGGUGCAGAUUUUGGAGGAUGGCGGGGGGGAGCUCUCCGGGCAGGAGGAGGAGGACUACUUCGAGGAGGUCAUCAGUCCGGAGGAGGAGCAGCACGAGGGGGGAAAGCAGCAGGAGGGAGAGCUUCAUCAGGGGAAGACGCACGAGGGGGGAAAGCAGCAGGAGGGAGAGCUUCAUCAGGGGAAGACGCAUGAGGGGGAAACCCCCCCCAAGAGCAACGCCAGGAAGGGCAAAGUGUACGGAAAGGUAGUCGGAAUCAUCAGCAGGGGAAGAAAAGAAUACGGAGGAGUGAUCAAGGCAUAUGAAAAGGAGCAAAAUGCACACAGAAAGAAAAUUUUAUUUUUCAAAGCGUUCAAUAACAAGGUGCCAUACAUCAUAGUGAAGAGCAGCAUGGGAGAAGAGCUAAAGAACAAAAGGGUAAUUGUGGUGAUUGAUAAGUGGGACUACAAUUCGAAGUACCCCUUGGGGAGGUGCCUAUCUGUGUUAGGCAUAUGUGAUGACAUCGAGACGGAAACGAAAUUGAUCUAUAACGAGUAUAAUAUAUCGACGAAGGAGUUUAGCGAAAGCGCCUACAAGUGUCUACCCCCUAACGAUUGGGCAAUCCCAGAGGAGGAAUAUGCCAAGAGGAGAGAUUUUAGAAAUGUGAUAACGUUUAGCAUUGACCCCCCAGGGUGUGAAGACAUUGACGAUGCGUUAUCGGUGCGAAUGAUGGAGGGGCAAAACGUUAUAGAGGUAGGGGUGCACAUAGCAGAUGUGUCCUACUUUGUUAAGCAAAACAGUGCAUUAGAUUUAGAAGCGUCCAAACGGUGCACAACGGUUUAUCUAAUAAACCAACGUGUUGAAAUGCUGCCAAAAUUGCUGACCACAGAUUUGUGUUCCCUAGUAGAAGGUCAAGACAGACUGACCUACAGCUGCAUCUUCACAUUUGAUGCGAAUUACCAAGUUGUGGAUAUAAACGUGUGUAAGUGCAUCAUCAGAAGUAAUAAGUCCUUUUCGUAUGAACAGGCACAGAAGCUGAUUGACGAUGGGGAGGAUUCUUCCCCCACGGCGGAGGCGCUACGGUUACUCAACAACAUUGCGAAGCACUUAAAGGAGAAGUGGCUAAACGAAGGGGCACUGGAGUUGAGAGGCAAUUCGGAAGUCCUAUUCGAAUUUGAGUCCAACGAUUUUUCUAAGACGAAAAAUUUAAAGCCAUAUGUAUCGUACGACACGAAUAAGCUAAUUGAAGCCUUUAUGCUUUUGGCUAACCGGUCCGUGGCAAGGAUAAUAUAUCAAGGCUUCAAAGCAGCUAGCGUGUUGAGGAGACAUCCUCCACCAAAAAAUGAACAUUUGAAAGAAUUAAAUGAUUACUUAGAAUCAAUAAAUAUUCACGAUUUUAAGUAUGGCACUUCUAAGGAGCUAUCCCACUCCAUUAAUAAUAUAAAUCUGAAGGAGGACAAGGUGUUGUGCAAUAUUUUAAAAAUUUUGAUCACCAAGUGUAUGAAUGAAGCUGUGUUUAUCUCAGGCUAUAGUGUACACAAUAAUGAAAUGUUGAGGCACUACGGAUUGGCUGCAGAUAUUUACACUUUUUUUACAUCCCCUAUUAGGAGAUACGCAGAUAUAAUGGUCCAUCGAGUUCUUAAUCAUAUUUAUGGCGUCGAAAAUUUGGACAGCAAAUACCUGGAUGUUAUUUAUCUGAACAAGCAAGUUGCUUUACUAAAUGAAAAGUAUAGAAACGCCAGAUUUGCGGGACGGGCGUCGGUUGAAUUUUUCUCGUACCUUUACAUUAAAAAAGUUGGGAACCAAAUUACCAAUGCAGUGAUUACCAAUUUGAAGAAAAACGGGGUGCAGAUAUUUCUACCGAGCUACUCCGUGGAGGGCAUUUGCUACUUGAAGAGGAAGGACGGCUUCGUCUUCGAUGAGAAGCGCAAGCGCUUUCAGAGGAUUGGCGAAAAUGAUGAGGUGCUCUUCUCCCUCAGCUUCUAUGACAACAUCCAGGUCCACGUCCAGGUGGACAGCAGCGACAUCAAGUGUCAGAGUAACUUUGUUUUUAUAAAGAAGCUCUGA